CGCUCGCCUCCGUGUGUUCAGCCAUUUUGUAAGAAAAUCAAGCAAGUCUGCCGCCCUACCUUCGCUUCAGACCUGCAGUUUUUUUCUUGUGCAAUGGACGGCCGCCUAGACGCUGACUUGUACCCUCUGGGAGCCGGCUACGUCCCUGAAAUUGACAGUGUCCAUGACAUAUCAGUUGGCACAAAGAGGGGAUCCGACGAACUCUUUUCUUCUUGCAUAUCCAACGGGCCCUAUAUCAUGAACUCAGCCAAUGGCAACGACACCAAAAAAUUCAAAGGUGACGUCCGCAGUCCUGGUGUUCCGUCACGUGUGGUCCAUGUACGCAAGCUGCCAAAUGACAUAAAUGAGGCUGAGGUUAUUGGACUGGGACUGCCCUUUGGGAAGGUCACUAAUCUGCUGAUGCUGAAAGGGAAAAACCAGGCAUUCUUGGAACUGAACAGCGAGGAGUGUGCACAGACGAUGGUGAGCUACUACUCCUCUGUCACCCCUGUCAUCAGAAACCACCCCAUUUACAUGCAGUACUCAACCCAUAAGGAGCUCAAGACGGACAACUCCCCCAACCAAGUGCGUGCACAGGCAGCUCUGCAGGCAGUCAAUGCCCUGCAUGGAGGUGGGAUGGGAAGCAUGGCCAUUUCUGCAGAUGCAAGUAGCAUGGCUGGAGGAGCAGCCCAAAGCCCUGUCCUCAGGGUCAUCGUGGAAAACCUCUUCUACCCUGUCACCCUUGAUGUACUACAUCAGAUUUUCUCUAAGUUCGGCACUGUGCUGAAGAUCAUCACUUUCACAAAGAACAACCAGUUCCAGGCUCUGAUCCAGUAUGCCGAUGGCAUGACAGCUCAGCACGCCAAACUGUCUCUGGAUGGACAGAACAUCUACAAUGCCUGCUGUACCUUGAGAAUCAGUUUCUCCAAGCUCACCAGCCUUAAUGUCAAGUACAACAAUGACAAGAGCAGGGAUUAUACCCGACCAGACCUCCCCAAUGCGGAUUCACAGGCCUCCAUUGACCACCAGACCAUGGCAGCUGCUGCAUUUGCUGCACCAGGCCUAAUCUCAGCCUCUCCCUAUGGUGGAGCCCAUGGCUUCCCCCCAACCUUUGCCAUCCAACAGACAGGUCUGUCGGUGCCUGGUAUGCCCAGUGCCUUGGCAUCCCUCGGUGUGAGCCAUGGUAGCAUGGCGGCUGCAGCAGCAGCCGCUAGCCGUCUGGGCCUGUCAGGGCUCGCUCCCUCUGCAGGACACAAUGUCUUGUUGGUCAGCAAUCUGAACCCUGAGAGCGUUACGCCACACUGCCUCUUUAUUCUUUUCGGUGUGUAUGGCGAUGUGAUGAGAGUGAAGAUCCUAUUCAAUAAAAAGGAGAAUGCUCUGAUCCAGAUGUCUGAUGGCACACAGGCUCAGCUAGCUAUGAGCCACCUGAAUGGCCAGCGUCUUCAUGGCAGGGACAUGCGUGUGGCAUUUUCAAAACACACCACAGUGCAGCUGCCCAGAGAAGGCCACGAGGACCAGGGCCUCACGAAAGACUACAGCAACUCACCGCUGCACCGUUUCAAGAAGCCUGGCUCCAAAAAUUACUCCAACAUCUUCCCACCCUCUGCAACGCUCCACCUCUCCAACAUACCGCCUUCUGUGGUGGAGGAUGACCUCAGGAGGCUUUUUGCCAGCUCAGGAGCCACAGUCAAGGCUUUCAAGUUCUUUCAAAAGGACCGCAAGAUGGCCCUGAUCCAGAUGGGUUCAGUCGAGGAGGCAAUUGAGUCCCUCAUCGAGUUCCACAACCACGAUCUGGGAGAGAAUCACCACCUUCGAGUGUCCUUCUCAAAGUCCACCAUCUGAGUGCCUUUUCUUCCUCCCUCCAUGUCUAUUGCCAUCUGAAUGCUACUUUUGUGAAGGUUGCAUUCAGUGGAAAUGGCCACCAUUACAUAUUUAUGGCUGUGGUUCUUUGUAGAACGUUGCUCCUUUCACCCCCAGUCCUAAUGAUUCCCCAUUAUUAAUAGGUUUGGGUAUAGGAUUUAAUUGACUGUUUAUAGAUUCUGGUUCCAAGUUGUGUCACAUCACAAGACACUAAAUAAAGACAAAUAUGAAUAUCUCCAUUUUAUGCACAAAUUGUUUGUAGUUUAAUACUUGUUUGUAUUUGAGCUAGACCUGCUAACAUGAACUGAUUCGGGGGCAUUAUGAAUUUGACCGGGGACCCCAAAAACCCUACAUUCUUGUACCAAGUGUAACUGGCACUGUAAACCAGUAGGUCCAAACUUCACCCAGGAGUCAGUAAGUGGAAUCAUAAGAGUGUUUCUAAACAAAUCCCUGGUCUUGAUAAAAUUGGAACUGGUUCCAGUUCAGGACAUGUUCUUGGUACCCAAACCUAAUAAUUAAUUUGUUCUAUCAUAGUUCAUCAAGUUUUUACUGGGGUCCUGGGGAAUGGGCAACUUUCUGCAAUGAAACAUGUUAAUUUGGAGGUAAAGUAGGGGCAGCUUAUGAACUGUCACUUUAGACCAAAUCGCUAAAAAAAAAGACACCCUCCACAAUGGAUGUAUGCUUAUGUGGACGAAUCGUAUCCACACCAGACACACUUCAGCAUUCCUUUUACUAUGAUAGUCGUGUGGAUAUGUGUGUGUGUGUGUGUGUGUGCCUUUUUGAAAUGCCACUUUGAACCUGUUUGGCCAGUCAGAAACGGUUUGAGACAAAGGAUUUUGUUUUGGCUCACAGAACACCAAGCAAUUUAUUUCCCUAGUAUCCAGUUUUGUUUUUUCAUCUUGUAACUACCCACCUAUUUGCUUCAGGGGAUCAAUACCACUAUCUGAAGUUAUUCAAUAAGUACACUUUUUUUUUUCUUUCAAUAAUCUCUAUUUACAUCCUUGUGCCUUACUUUGCCCCUACCAGAUUGCCUAAAGAAUUGCUCUGGCUUUUUUGGAAAAAAAUGUCUCUCCGAAUGCCUUUUUUCUUGCUUUUUGGUAUGUACCAGCAUUGUUGGAAUGGGUGAAAAUGGCUCCGUCUUCUGUUUCCGCUUAAGAAAACAAAGGUUUAUCUAAGGAUUUGUAUGCAUAUAUCCCCAUUAUAUGUAUGUAGAAACUAUGAAUGUAAGUCAGUUAGAUGCCUAAUAUUUUUGCUAGGUGGUUUAGCUCUGUUAGGUGUGUUGUGGCAGGAGUAGAGCUGUAUCCAGCCUUCCUGUCUUACAGUCCCCAUUCACCUCCAUUUAGUCCUUUUCUCAGUAGGGACAUUGGCGUUUGGGGCCUCAUUUAACCAUAUUAUGUUCAUCUAUAUGUGGACACAUAUAUUCAUUUAUCUUUUCUUUUAAUGUUAGCAUUUACAUGUGUAUCACUUCUAAGCUUAAUUGAUACCUAUACGUAGUGGCUGGGUUUAAUCAUAAUCACAGUGCCUUGACUCCUUGAGUUUUUAAUCCGAGGCUUGCCUGGUCAGUUGACUUUGUUUACCUCUCGUUCAGGUGUUUUAUCUUACCUGUCUGCAAAGAUGCCUUUAUCCAAUCCAAUUCAGGUAAUCCUACCUGUGAGAGGGCAGCUUGGAGGCAUUAGUCAAUUCAAAGUAACAACAGUCUUGGACUGUGUCUAAAAACCCAGAAUAAUUUUUUUUUCUUAAAUUCAGGACACCAGGAUUACAGGGUGGGAUAGCCCUCACCCAUUUCUUGUCUGUGUCCACUUACACCACAGUCAGGUUCCUUAGUGCACUUUUCCUUGAUGAUAGGUCCAAGUUGGCACCAUCACGCUGAAGUCUUAAACGUCGUCACAUUCCUGCGUGCCUCAAAGCACCAGUUUCCACAGCCUCGACCACUGUAGUUUUGGACCAGAUACAGAUGCGCUCUGUCUCUAUUUUUGUAAAAGAUUAUUAUGCAUGGUUUAACAAAGCUUCAUGUAGCUGCAGACGGUUAUUGCUGUUAAGGACCAAAGUAUCUUCUACCCCCCGCUGUUUUGUAGUGUUGUGAUUUCCUAAAAGGUUUUUUCACAUUCCUGCAAUCCCACAAGUACACAAGGCUUCAAUUUCCUCAAUUUUCCUGUUUCUCAAAUGCUUUGGACAAAAUUCACAUGAAGUUGAAAUAUCUUUUGGGUUUCAACCUAUACUGUAUAUUGUAUCCCUUUUUUUUGUUUCAUUGACUUUACAAAGAGCCUACUUUGGUAGAGAUUGCUUUAGAAUGGAUACUUAAUUGAACCACAGUCUUAGCUGUGAUGUUGACAGUGUAGAAGAUUAUAUGCCUUUAAAUUUUUGUUAAAAGCUUUUAUUUUUCUCUCCUUUUUUAUAUGGGGGCGGGGUGGGGUUAUUGUAUGAAGCGGGAUUGAUGGUUGUAUAUAUUCAUGUUUUUGUACCACAAAAUCAUUUGGAUUAUAUCCACUUUACGUUCAAAACAUGUAUAUUUUGAUAAAACAAUACAGACCUAUUAAGCUCUCUGGAGCUGUAAAAACAAAAAAAACUUUUGUAACACAAAGACAUUAAACCUAUCUGAACACAGAAGUGUCUCUGUAUGUGCCCCGCUCCCCCCCUCCCCUGCCAUCCUGUUCUUGUCUCUUGCAUCUUCUGCUGCCUUCAAUAAAUCUUUAGUUUGUUCCUUCUUUCA